UUCCGGCUUCAAACAGGAAGUAGGCUGUAGCAGUGCAAAAAAGGGUGACAGGCAAAGGCUGCAUUUGGGCCAGUGCUGCGGACUGCAUUUUCCGACGGUUUGGGAGUGUGCUGUAUCGGCGCGUACUGACCCUGCUUUGACCGAAGGCGCCGAAAAGCUGCUAAAAAGACAGCCGAGGUUUUCUGGUUGUGAGUAAGCCAACAUUUGUUUGACUGCGGCAUGAGGACAAUCGCUUGUGGAAAUAUAUGUGAAGGAUAUCUCCAAAACACCUGCUUGCAAUUUUUUUUUUUUUAAACAACUACCUUUAAAUGACAUUCUGAUCUGGCACAACUGCAAUUGGGUAUAAAUGUUUCUUUUUAUUUCACUUGCUCUUUUUAAAAAUGUCCAUUUAAUGCAAUACUACUCAGUAGUAUCCAAUAUUUUAUACCAUUGCUUGCUAAAAUAGUUUUCUACAUUUUAAUUUGUCUAUAUUUUUUAAGAGAACUUUUAUAGGGAUUUUUUUUCUAUAUUUUUAAAAAUAACUUUUAUAUGGAUUUUUUUCAGUUUUAUUUUGUUUUUAAAUUUUAAAAAUAUUUUUUAUGAUGCUUUUUUUUAAUAGUAGGGGGUGCGCAGGUAUAUUCCGAAUAUGCACGCUAACAUUUCAGGGGUUGUGAAAAAUGUUUUUUUUUUAAUGUAUUCACAUAAUAGCAUUUAAAACAUUCAAUGUAGAAAUAUUACAAAUAAUUUAGGGGAAGGAACUUUUUAUUUGGCUGAUUUUUCAGGGGUCACACAGCAUGAAAUGCAUGAGAGGGACUGUUAUAAUGCCACAAGAUUCAAAUUCAUCAAUGUUUCUUUCAGGCUAAAUCAAUUUUUCUAAAAAUUUCCUAGCCAAAAGGCGUUCUGGUGUCCAUUUUAAACAUCUCGUUUCGUUCCCCAACAUGGUGCCAUAAUUUGAAUUCAAAACACUUAUCAAACGACAACAUCCAAACGUGUCAGGAUGGCGAUGGCCAGCUCAGAAGAAAAGGCGUGUCAACGGCCUAGCAACGCAGACCACAGACUGGUCAACAAAACUCUGAGGAGGUUGGAAAAGUUGCACGAAUCGUGCACGGACCCCCGGCUGGGCCUCAGGAACAGCCCGCCUUACCUGCCCGAGCUGGUGCCCAAUACGGCCUCUGCGCUGCGACGAGUCUGGGAGCCCUACCGAGGCCUCGGGGUGCUGACGGGUCGAGCCCCCGCGGAGGAUGAGGCGGCGUACCUCAGGGUCCACGCCAGGAACCUGCUGGAAAAGACGGACAGGGCCUUGCUGCUGUUUAAAGAAGGCAAGGAGAAGAUGUUUGAUGAGACGUCCAGCUACAGGAGGGACUUGACCAAGCUGUCCCUGCUCUUCAGUCACAUGCUGUGGGAGCUCAAGGCCGUGUUUCCGGGUGAUCGUUACCAUGGCGACACCUACAAGCUGACCAAGAAGGAGGCGCGGGACUUUUGGAACAUUACCUUUGGCAACAAAUGCAUCGUGCGAUGGAGCAACUUUGCGGAGAAGCUGCGCCGCGUGCACCCGUUCCAGGAGGGGCUGGAGUCCGUGGCCCUCCAGUCCACCGUCGAUCUCACCUGCAACGACCACGUCUCCGUCUUUGAAUUUGACAUCUUCACCAGGCUCUUUCAGCCGUGGAGGUCCCUCCUGAGGAACUGGAACCAGCUCGCGGUCACCCACCCGGGCUACAUGGCCUUCAUCACGUACGACCAAGCCGUGUCACGACUGGAACGUUACCUCCACAAGCCGGGAAGCUACAUCUUCCGUCUGAGUUGCACCCGGAUGGGCCAGUGGGCCAUUGGUCACGUGACCGGCGAGGGUGACAUCACGCAGACCAUCCCUGAGAAUACGCCGCUUUACCUGGCGCUCCUUCUGGGCCAAGGCCAGGGCUGCUAUUUGUACCCCGACGGGCAAGAUGUGAACCCGGACCUCAGCGCCCUGCACCGACCUGAACACAAAGCAAAAGUCAGGGUCACGCAAGAGCAAUACGACCUUUACCAAGAUGUAGGCAGCUCCUUCCAGCUGUGUAAGAUCUGCACGGAGAAGGACAAAGACACUCGCGUCGAGCCGUGCGGACACCUCGUGUGCAGACGCUGCCUCGACUCCUGGCUGCAGAAAUCAGCAGGCCACAAGUGUCCAUACUGCCGCUGUGACAUCGAAGACACGGAGCCCGUCGAAGUCGAGUCCUACCGGCCGAAACGCAAGGACGAGGAGGAGGCAGAUGAGAGCGAUAAAGACGACGACCACGAGGACAUUGAGCUGGUGGUGAAGCAAAUGGCCGCACUGAGGAAGACGACACGUGAAGAUGCUCCAGAGAAAAAGGUCGAUCAGGAAUGACAGAUGAGGACACCGGUGGGAUUCGAUGCCGUUUCUCCUUUGCACUCCAAGAGGUCAGUUGGCCUCUCAAGAAAAGACAAAUUAGCUUUUACAUAUACGAGUCCUUUGAAAAUGACUGCGUGUGAAGGCAGAGCAGAGCUGAUCCUCAAGUACGGAAGAGCAUCGAGAAGGCAUCCCAAAUAUAUUUUUGAAGAAAUAAAUAAUUUAAAGUAA